AUGUUCGGUGGUGUGUUGAAAGCUUUGGUUGUCAUUUAUGUGUCAUCACAGUACAACCUCUGGUCAAUGGCCCAUGAGCUUAACUUUGGCAAAAGCUCAUUCAUGUCAAAAUUAAAUUCCCUCUCAGAUGGCCAAGAUGACUUAAUAACAUGGCUUUAUGGACCAUACAAAAAAGUUCCAAUAUACGGCCAAGACCCUCUCGAUCAGUGGCUAUAUGGACCAAAUCUCUCUCAGAAGCCAGUUGAAGAAAACCUUACCACAUCCUUUAAAACUUUUAAAGCUCCAGCUAAAUCAACUGAAAGUUUAGAGAAGAAAUUUGAAUUUUCAGUGCCAAAAGUGACGGAAAACACAUCACACGUCACAUCCGUAGAUGUUCCAUCAGACUCACUUUCAUGCGGAGAUGAGUCAGAUGAAGAUGUUCCUUAUGCUCCAAGGAACAUAAAAUACCCAUUUUAA